AUUAAAUUCAAAGAAUUAGGAAUAAUCAAAGAUCUCUCAAAAAAUUUCUUGCACUCCAAGCAAACGAGAAAAAAAUGGCGUCAGGACAAAGAGAGGCGGAGAAAGCUGCAAAGGCCGAGAGAGCUGAGGCUGCGGCUAGGCUCGCGGCUGACGACUUGAGAGACGUAAACAAAGGUGGUGUGACGUAUAAGGUGACGGAGAAGACAACAACGACGGAGCAUCCUUCCUCAGCUGAGGAGACGGAGAGGCCCGGGCUGAUAGGCUCUGUGAUGAAGGCGGUGCAGGGAACUAAAGAUGCUGUGAUCGGGAAAAGCCACGAUGCGGCCGAGUCAACAAGAAGUGGAGCCGAGGUUGCAUCGGAGAAGGCGGCGGGUGUGAAAGAUGCCACCGCAGAGAAAGCCGGAGAGGUUAGAGAUAGUACUGCAGAUAAGACAAAGGAAACCGCGGAGUACACUGCGGAUAAGGCGAGAGAAGCUAAAGACAAGACGGCUGAGAAAAUGGGUGAGUAUAAAGACUACACGGCGGAGAAGGCGACUGAGGCCAAAGACAAGGCGGCAGGGAAGACGGGUGAGUACAGAGACUACACAGCGGAUAAGGCAAAAGAAGCUAAGGAUAAAACGGCAGAGAAAGCAAAGGAAACGGCGGAUUACACAGCGGAUAAGGCGAGGGAAGCUAAAGACUACACGGUGGAUAAGGCGACUGAGGCCAAAGACAAGACGGCUGAGAAAAUGGGUGAAUACAAAGAUUACACGGCGGAUAAAGCGAAAGAAGCUAAGGACAAAACGGCAGAGAAAGCAAAUGAAACGGCGGAGAAGAUGGGGGAAUAUAAAGACUAUACGGCGGAGAAGGCAACAGAAGGGAAAGACACAGGAGUGAGCAAGAUCGGUGAGCUGAAGGAUAGUGCAGUGGACACGGCGAAGAGAGCUAUGGGUUUCUUGUCAGGCAAGACAGAAGAAACCAAAGAAAAAGCUGUAGAGACCAAAGACACGGCCAAGGAGAAAAUGGGCGAGGCAGGAGAAGAAGCCAGACGGAAAAUGGAAGAAAUGAGACUUGAGGGCAAAGAACUCAAAGACGACGCUGGCCAAAUGGGCCAAGAGAAGACCGAAUCUGCCGCUGGAAAAGCACGCGAGGUCAAAGAUUCCACCACCGAGAGAGGUGAAGAAGGGAAAGGGACGAUAAUGGAUGCGUUAGGGAACAUGACGGGAGCAAUAAAGAGCAAACUGACUGGUACUACGACGCCGUCCGAUGAUGAGACACGUGCGGCACGUGGAGACGAAGGCUCAGGGAAGACGACUGUGACGGUUGACGUGAAAGACACGAGGCCUGGACAAGUGGCGACAUCGCUGAAGACGUCGGAUCAGAUGACUGGUCAGACUUUCAACGACGUCGGAAGUAUGGAUGAAGAGGCUGGGACAGGGAAAGUCACCAUUGAAGAGAAAGGGAAGCUGUAAUAUAAUAAUAACACGUACGCUGCGUUUAAGGCUUGUGCUUUGGCUUUUGUAGAACGAAGGUUAAAAUGCUUCUUUACUUUUGUCGUAUGUCUUUUUUUUUCAAUCUUGAUUUGUAAUAAACAUCUUCUGUUUUGCUCUUUCAAAGUUUAUAAGCUGUUUUCUUUUGGUGAAAUGAAAAACUAAGCCAUUUUCUCCAAUUCUGUCGUCGCGACUGCAUGAGUUUUUGAGUUCUG